AUGUUGCAAGAUAAAGGAAGCCGUUCUCUGCCAGACAUGGAGGAGCACAGUCAGUCCAAACAACUUGUCCAGCACCCAGCACCACAACAAGAGGAAGAAGUCGAUAGGCAGCCGCCAAACUCGAGAGGUGCUCCGGCAGUCAGACUUGAGAUGGACCUUGAUUUGGAUAUUGCGCUCAAGGAAAGAUCAAGGGGGAUAGAAGAUGAGAAGAGACAGGACUAG